CUCCCUCCCUAAAACCCUAAACCCCAUUGAUGAAGCAGACACAUCCAAGCAAUAAUACCAACUAAAAUAUCUCUCUUCCUCCUCCCUUCCAUGGCUUGCUUCAGAGAGAUAGAAGGCAAGCGAACCCACGACCCAUCUGGCUCCCCUAUUCCAGUUUCAGGCCCAAUAAUCAUUGGCGCCGGCCCAUCAGGCCUCGCAGUCGCCGCAUGUCUGAAAGCUAAAGGAAUACCGAGCUUAGUUAUAGAGCGCAGCCACUGUAUUGCUUCACUAUGGCAGCUAAAGUCUUAUGACAGACUUCGUCUUCAUCUUCCCAAGAGCUUUUGUGAGCUUCCGCUCAUGCGUUUUCCGCCCCACUUCCCAACUUAUCCAACUAAGGAGCAGUUCCUUUCGCACCUGAAGUCAUAUGCUGCAAACUUCAAUAUCCAUCCCCUGUUUGGGCAGAGGGUGAUCAGCGCAGAGUAUGAUUCCCGAGGGUAUUGGAGGGUGAGAACAGAGGCAAUGGGGAGGAGGAGGGAGUAUAUGUCGCGGUGGCUGGUGGCGGCAACCGGUGAGAAUGCGGAGGAGGUGCUGCCAGAUAUCGCCGGAAUGAUGACAGAGUUCAACGGGGAGGUGGUGCACACUAGUGGGUACAGAAGUGGGGAGGUCUAUAAGGGAAAGAAGGUGCUUGUUGUUGGCUGUGGAAAUUCUGGAAUGGAGGUCUCUCUUGAUCUCUGCAACUGUGGAGCCCGGCCAGGAAUUGUGGUGAGAGAUUCGGUUCACAUGCUACCCAGGGACAUGUUCGGCCAGUCUACUUUUGGUCUGUCAAUGUGUUUGCUCAAGUGGUUACCUAUUCGAAUAAUUGAUCGUAUAUUACUAUUCAUCGCCAGACUCAAACUCGGCGACACGGCCCGACUCGGGCUUCGUCGGCCCAAACUCGGCCCUCUCGAGCUCAAGGGCUUCUCAGGAAAGACACCUGUUCUUGAUGUUGGCACGCUGGCCAAGAUCAAGUCAGGAGAUAUUAAGGUUUUUCCUGCUGUAAAACGAUUCACAGCGAAAGGGGCAGAGUUUGUUGAUGGGAGAUCAGAAGACUUUGAAGCUGUGAUUUUAGCCACCGGGUACAGAAGUAAUUUGCCCAUUUGGUUAAAGGAAAAGGAUUUCUUCUCAGAGGAAGAUGGUUUGCCUGUGAGGCCGUUUCCCAAUGGAUGGAAGGGAGAGAGAGGGCUGUAUGCAGUUGGUUUUACAAAGAAAGGCUUGCUCGGUGCUUCCAUGGACGCCACAAGAAUAGCUCUGCACAUUGAGCGAUGCUGGAAGUUAGAGGCCACGCAAUGAAUAAUAUUAUAAUAGCAGCUUCUGCACCAGAAUAUGACCGGCGAAGUUGCAUGCACAACUUGUAUAUUUUUCAGCUUAUUUUUAAUUUGUUAGGGUAUAGAUGGAGAUCAGAUCUUAUGCCCAGGAGUGAUGAGUUUGAUAGAUUUGAUUUGUUUGUUUGUUUGUUUUCCAUUUUUUAAAGCUUUUCUUCCUGACUGAUGUAGCUUCUUCUGAGCU